GCGGUGCGGCCCGGGCCAUGGCGCAUAAAGCCUCUGGCCACCUGCCGGGCUGCCGCUUCGCCCGCCGCCACCCGGGACUCCUCGUGCCGCUGCGGGAGCCCCCACCUCUGUCGACUCUUUCAUCUCUGUGGCCUCCGAGGCCUAGAUCGUCACUGUCGCAGGCCCGGAGUCCCGCGAGCCCCGGCGAAGCACGCGGAGAUGGGCGGCAGCUCCAGGGCCCGCUGGGUGGUCUUGGGGCUGGGCGCCCUGGGACUGCUGUGCGCUGUGCUCGGCGCUGUCAUGAUCGUCAAGGUCCCUUCGCUCAUCGAGCAGCAGGUGCUCAAGAAUGUGCGCAUAGACCCCAACAGCCUGGCCUUUGGGAUGUGGAAGGAGAUCCCCGUCCCCUUCUACCUCUCCAUCUAUUUGUUUGAGGUCGUCAAUCCCACUGAGGUCCUGAAUGGCCAGAAGCCACAGCUGCGGGAACGGGGACCCUAUGUGUACAGGGAGUUCAAACAUAAGACCAAUAUCACCUUCAACAACAACGACACCGUCUCCUUUGUGGAACAUCGCAGUCUACAUUUCCAGCCCAACAUGUCCCGGGGCUCUGAGAAUGACUACAUUGUGCUACCCAACAUCAUGGUCCUGGGGGCUGCUGUAAUGAUGGAGGACAAACCUGCAAGCCUGAAGUUCAUGAUGACCUUGGGACUGGCCACCAUGGGCGAGCGCGCCUUUAUGAACCGCACAGUUGGAGAGAUCUUGUGGGGCUAUGAUGACCCCCUCGUGAAUUUCCUCAACAAGUACUUCCCAAACAUGUUCCCCAUUAAGGGCAAGUUUGGCCUGUUUGUUGGGAUGAACAACUCAGACUCUGGGAUCUUCACUGUGUUCACUGGCGUGAAGAACUUCAGCAAGAUCCACCUUGUGGACAAGUGGAAUGGGCUCAGCAAGAUUGACUACUGGCAUUCAGAUCAGUGCAACAUGAUCAAUGGGACUUCCGGGCAGAUGUGGGCACCAUUCAUGACUCCCGAAUCUUCUCUGGAAUUCUUCAGCCCCGAGGCCUGCAGGUCCAUGAAUUUUGUCUACCAGGAGUCGGGGGUAUUUGAAGGCAUCCCCACAUAUCGCUUCAUAGCCCCUGAAACCCUGUUUGCUAAUGGGUCUGUCUACCCACCCAACGAAGGGUUCUGCCCAUGCCGCGAGUCUGGCAUCCAAAACGUCAGCACCUGCAGGUUUGGUGCACCCCUGUUUCUCUCUCAUCCUCACUUCUACAAUGCUGACCCUGUACUGUCAGAAGCAGUGGCCGGCCUGCACCCCAACCCAAGGGAGCAUUCUCUGUUCCUGGACAUCCACCCGGUCACUGGGAUCCCCAUGAACUGCUCUGUGAAGCUGCAGCUGAGCCUCUACAUCAAAGCCGUUAAGGGCAUUGGGCAAACCGGGACAAUCAACCCUGUGGUCCUUCCGGUGCUGUGGUUUGAACAGAGCGGGGCCAUGGGCGGGGCGCCCCUGCGCACGUUCUACACGCAGCUGGUGCUGGUGCCCAAGGUGCUGCAGUACGCGCAGUACGUGCUGCUGGCCGUUGGCGGCCUGCUGCUGCUAGUGCCCAUCAUCUACCAGCUUCGCAGCCAGGGUUCCAAAGAUACCAUGAGCCUCUCAAGCCUGGUGGCUCCACCAUACUGGCCCCCCAGACCCGACACCCCGCUUCUCAAGGACUCUCUCAGUGGACAGCCUGCCAGUGCUUCUGCCUGAGCCCCCAGAUGUCACACCUGUCUGCACAGUACACACAUACCCAGGCGUGUGCAAAAACACUCAGGGACAUACCUGCUGCUGAAGAUGCCUGUGAAGGGGCUGGGUCACAAGCACUCUUCUCAAAGUGACCUGGGGAUCUGGCUGCCAUGGCUCCUCUUGUGGGGAGCUGACCCAGCCCAGACUCUUGACUUCCUGCCCCUCCCAUUUGUCUUCAACAGACCGCAAGCUGCAGUGUCCACGGAGGGCAGGCCUGCCACUCCUGGGGGCCAGGUGCUGCUCUGGAACCUGACUGGGUGUAUGUCUGUCUCCUGUGCCAAAACAAGGCAGGCAGUGCCCAGACCUGACCAAGUAUUCACGCAGCUUUGGGGUGGUGCCUGGUCCCAAUCUCCCAGUCUCUGCUUUCACCUGUAUACUGAACCAGUCACUCUUGAUGGCAAGCCCUGCCUUGAGCCCCUCCCUCAGGGUCCCUGGCUUUCAGGUGCUGAAUCAGAGAUGGAGAGGCGCCAGUCAUCUGCCACAGGCACCUGGCCCCUGACAUCUGGUCUGGUGGCCUGGUGUGCCUCCCCCAAAGGCAGGGGCAGAGAGGCCCAUCACUCAACUCAGGCUCCUGUCCUCUUUCUACUGGAAGACAAAUGAAUUUUAUCAUCUUUCAAAAGUUACUUAUGAUUGAAGCAAUAAAUCUUUUUACAAAUUGAA